UUCAAUAUUGUAAACAUUCCACUCACCACAAACGCAAUGCUCGGUAUUACUCUGUUCGUCGCUUUAUCGAUCGUUGCAGUCCCUACCGAACCGUAUCAUACUGCGGCAAGGAGUUUGCCUAUUCAGCAGGUACAAGAUUUCGAGUAUGAUUACGUGGAAAGUGACGAUACACCGAGUGCCGAAGAUUAUUGGGAAAUGUUAGGAUCAUCGACCACGGAAGGAAAAGCAGCAGCUCAACGUUUGAGUCAACCGGAGGCUACCACCGGGAUCGGUACGACCGGUGCAACGACAGCAACACAACCCACUGCAAAAAGUCAUAAAAGCUUCCAUGGAAUUGGAAAAUGAGUAGGGUUAGGCAAAAUGAAAGGGGUACUAAUGUGCUAAUUAAAUUUAAUAAAUUGAAU